UGGGGGGAAGGCGGCUCCGCACACCCAAGAUGGCGGCGGUGGAGCUGGAGUGGGUGCCCGAGACGCUCUAUAACACGGCGAUCUCGGCCGUGGUGGAUAGUUACGGGCGGGCCCGGCGCCGGGACAUCCGCUCGCUGCCCGAGAACAUCCAGUUCGACGUGUACUACAAGCUUUACCAACAGGGUCGCUUAUGCCAGCUGGGUAGUGAAUUUUGUGAACUAGAAGUUUUUGCCAAGGUGCUACGAGCUUUAGAUAAAAGACAUCUGCUUCAUCACUGUUUUCAGGCUUUGAUGGACCACGGAGUAAAAGUUGCUUCUGUACUGGCCUAUUCUUUCAGUAGACGGUGCUCCUACAUAGCAGAAUCAGAUUCUGCUGUAAAAGAAAAAGCAAUCCAGAUUGGUUUUGUUUUAGGGGGGUUCCUGUCAGAUGCAGGCUGGUACAGUGAUGCUGAGAAGGUAUUUCUUUCCUGCCUUCAGUUAUGCACCCUUCACGAUGAAAUCCUUCAUUGGUUUCGUGCUGUAGAAUGUUGUGUAAGGUUGCUGCACGUUCGAAACGGUAACUGUAAAUAUCACUUGGGAGAAGAAACGUUCAAACUUGCUCAGUCUUACAUGGACAAACUUGCAAAACACGGUCAGCAAGCAAACAAAGCAGCGCUCUAUGGGGAGCUGUGCGCGCUGCUCUUUGCCAAGAGCCACUAUGAUGAGGCUUAUAAAUGGUGUAUAGAAGCUAUGAAGGAGAUCACGGUGGGCCUGCCUGUAAAAGUAGUAGUGGAUGUUUUACGACAGGCUUCAAAGGCUUGUGUUGUAAAACGUGAAUUUAAGAAGGCUGAACAGCUGAUAAAACAUGCAGUAUACCUUGCCCGGGAGCAUUUUGGAGCCAAGCAUCCCAAAUAUUCUGAUACUCUACUAGACUAUGGAUUUUACUUGCUCAACGUAGACAAUAUAUGCCAAUCUGUUGCCAUCUAUCAGACAGCUCUUGAUAUCCGGCAGUCAGUAUUUGGAGGUAAAAACAUACAUGUAGCUACAGCUCAUGAAGACUUGGCUUACUCUUCAUAUGUUCACCAGUACAGCUCGGGAAAAUUCGACAAUGCACUAUUCCAUGCAGAACGUGCUAUUGGCAUUAUAACUCACAUUCUCCCAGAAGACCAUCUUCUCUUGGCGUCUUCAAAGAGAGUUAAAGCACUUAUCCUGGAGGAGAUUGCAAUAGACUGUCACAACAAGGAAACUGAGCAGAGGUUACUUCAGGAAGCUCACGACUUACAUCUAUCCUCACUCCAGUUAGCUAAAAAAGCCUUUGGGGAGUUUAAUGUACAAACAGCAAAACACUAUGGCAACCUUGGAAGACUGUAUCAGUCCAUGAGAAAGUUUAAGGAAGCAGAAGAAAUGCAUAUCAAGGCAAUUCAGAUCAAGGAGCAGCUUCUGGGUCAAGAAGAUUAUGAAGUUGCCCUGUCAGUGGGUCAUCUAGCUUCUCUCUAUAACUACGAUAUGAAUCAGUAUGAAAAUGCCGAAAAGCUUUAUCUGAGAUCCAUAGCAAUUGGAAAAAAGCUUUUUGGUGAAGGAUACAGUGGACUUGAAUAUGAUUACAGAGGUCUCAUUAAACUGUACAAUUCCAUUGGCAAUUAUGAGAAGGUUUUUGAAUACCACAAUAUUUUGGCCAAUUGGAACCGGUUGCGGGAUCGGCAGUUCUCCGUUACAGAUGCUCUGGAGGACGUAAGCACCAGCCCUCAGUCCACUGAAGAAGUGGUCCAGUCUUUUCUGAUGUCUCAGAACAUUGAUGGACAGAGUAGCUAAGAACUUGGUCAAUUAACCAGUUAAGGUUUUUUCCCCCAGGUUACAGGGGGAAAAGUCAUACUGUGAAAUCUAAACCAUGUAGUUCUCUGGGGGCUGGAAUUUGCAUUGAAACACUGGUCCAGUCUACUGAAGAGUGCCCAUACGGAUGAAUGUGUGUUAAAUUCUUAUCAGCAUGUGUAUGGCAUGUUUAGUUUGGCUCACAUUUUUAACGUGGUAUUCCUGAAAACCCCUUCUUUCUCUCUUCUCUCAAAAGAAGCUACUUUGCAGAAAGUCUGCAAGAAAACAUUAAAUAAAACUGUUUGAGUUCAAAA